UUGUGUGGAGAAUCUAUAUUUCUUUUUCUCUUCUUUUCGGCUCUUUUGUCGUGUGUGUACAGGUGACCAAUCUGCAUGUACGCACAAGGGAGAGGAAGGGGACGCGGUAGAGGCAGAGGAAGGUGGUCAAGCGAUCGUCGAUACUGGAUGGAUUAUCAGGCGACGACACAAUGGGCGAAUCUUCCAGUGACAACGCAACAGAACCAGCCUUCACCAGCAGUGCAGCCAGUGGUUCUCCCACCUGGAUACCCAUACUACGGAUGGCAUCCUGGGACACUCCCUGCUCCACCGCCACCUUCACCGCCACCUCCACCGCUAGCUGCGCAGAACUGGAACUACGACCAACAUCAACAAGGAUACCAACAGCAGAAGACACCUGCUGCGAACCCAUUCCCAGCCCCUGGGAACAGGGCCUGGUUUACAAGAGAGCGCCUUAAGCUCAUUGGGAAAUGGAAGACGAAGGAUAUGGAGGAGGAGCGACGAAGUGUGACCGACUUAAGCGAGAGUAGUAAACAGGGAGCGAAGAAAGGGAAGGGGAAGGUUGCCACGAAAUCGGAAGACAACAAGCAAAGCUUGAAACCUUGGCUUACAAACAACUUCGGAACUUCUUUGAAGAAGAUAUCAGAGAAACUCGAUUCAGUCGAGAAGAUGUCUAAAGCAGCGGAAGCCGAGCGUGCGAAGAUAGCCAAGAAGGUUGAAGAAUUGGAAUCGAAAGGCGUAACGAGCGAAGAAGGGAGCAUUGAGAAGAGAAAGAGAGUAAUGGGAUUGAAUUCGCCAGCACAAGACCGACAAAAAUCGAGAUCAAGGUCUAGGAGCGGUGGAAUCAAGAUUCGCGAACCUCAGAUUGAAGUGUCCUCAGACGAGGAGGAUAAGAAGACGGGAGUCCACGAGGGUGUUCCGGAGAACAAGCCCAAUAUGAAUUUGGAAGACGUUAUGAAACUACUAUCAAUGAUAGUUGGGAAAGUACAAGGGGGGCAAAGCGGCCCUGCUAUGGAGAUCGUGGAGAACAAGAAGACCAGCGUGAAGGUGGAUAGAAAGGAGGAUGGCAACAACGAAUCCGAAGAUGAAGAGAAGGACAAACUGAAGUUGAACCGGGGUAGCUGCACGAAGAGCGAUAAGACGGAGGUCGAGAUCGUUGAAUACAUGAGACAAAGGCUCGAUCACUAUAUGGAGGUGAACAGGAAGAAGAUCAAGAGCCUCUGCCUGGCGAGGGGGGUGAAAUGGGAACGGAAAGACAACAUCGCUUGAGAGCUCGUGAAACAAGACACUAACGAGUUCACCUGACUUGUAAAUGAAUGAGACGAGCAUGA